AUGGCCGACACAACAGAACCCAAAACCACACCGGCCACAAUGAUCAAGGCUGAGACCAGCUCCGAGGGGAUGCCCUCAGACUCAAAGCCCACCUCGACCGACGCCAACACUGACCCCAAAGCCGCCCUCGCAGCACGCAUGGCACGCUUCAAGUCUCUCCAGGCGCAGAAAGAAUCCGGCCGCAAAGCCACAGAGCGCGAAGUGCGCGAUGCCGAAGAUCGCUCAGAACGACUUGCCAAGCUCUCCAAACUGGCCGACGCGCACACCAAAGCGUCCUACAAGCUGCUCAAAAACGACGACCCGGACUUUGAGCGCAAGCGGAACUGGGACUACACAGUUGAGGAGAGCGAGAGCUGGGACAAGAGGCUAGCGAAGAAGGCGCGCGCGAGGGACAAUAACGCGUUUGCGGACUACCGAGGCGAGGCGAACAAGGUGUACAAACGGCAGAUAGGGCAGAUGAGCAAAGUCGACCUCGCGGCCUACGCCGAGGAGAAAGCAACGAAAUUGCAGCGCCAAGUCCAGUCGGGACUGCUGCAACUCGUCGAGACAGAUUCGGGGGAGAUAUACACGGUGGAUCCGAAUGGGCGCAUCAACACGGCAGUCGAGGAGGCGUACAGUCACGACCACAAGCCCAGCAAGGAGGCCAUUGACCGGCUCGUUGGCGACAUCGAAAAGGGCGAGAAGGCGCGCCUGGAGGCCAGGAGGAAGAGGGGGAUUAGGGAUGAGCAGGAUCAGGGCGAUAUCACGUAUAUCAACCAGAAGAACAAGCAGUUCAACGACAAGCUGGGGAGGUUCUACAACCGGUAUACAACGGAGAUCCGAGAGAACUUCGAGAGAGGAACGGCGAUAUAG